AUGAGCUGUCAGGCCCAGGACCAUGAAGGAGGAGAAGUGGAGGACCCAGAGCUCCAGCAGGAGAGGAAGCGCCUGGAUGCUCUAGCGUUAGAGUUGGAGGAGGAGCGGAGGUUACAGCAAGGACAAGAGGGAGAUGGAGCCAUCCCUGGCCAGCCUGAGCAGGACUAUCCCGUAUUCUCCCGAGUACCUCAGACCUCCUUCACCUGUACGGACAAACACGUGCCUGGCUACUUCGCUGACAUAGAAACUCGCUGUCAGGCUUUUCACAUAUGUGACGCGGGAGGGACAAAACACUCGUUCCUGUGUCCUGGAGGAAGCGUGUUCAACCAGAAGUAUCUCGUGUGUGACUGGUGGUACGGCUCAGUGUGUGAGGACUCUCCGCUCCUGUAUGAGGACCAGCGAGAGCUCGCCAGGCUCUACCAGCACACCAGCCGUCAGGAGCAGCAGAACGUCUUAACUGAGGAGGCAUUCGUGGACGAACAAGACCAUAACUAUAUAUUCCCACAAAGUGACAUAUUUCACAGUGCAGAGACCGGUGUGCCCAACAGAGACAAGUUCGCCGACUUGGGUGAACACCAGAGUAACCCACUCGGUAGCGAACAAGGGGAUAAAUCUCAAAAUGGAAAUGAAACCCUACAAGAAUCAACCUCAGGUCAACAUACUAACGAAAAUUUACCAGCUGAAAGUUUAAAUUACAGAUUGGAAAAGCGAAAGUUACAAAGAAAUUCGUUCAGACGAACUAAAUUCGAUGAGAGGACAAAUCAAAAAGAGCACUUUAGACCAAGUGACUACGGGUUUAGUAGUUCAACAGAACAAGUUGAGAGUAAAUAAGAUCCUUCCCAUUUGUAAAACGUUCAAUAUUUGAAUUUAACUUAUUCGUACAAACGGAAUCUUUAAAAAAAGUUACCUUAAGAAAAUUAUUUAAUUUAAAAUUGAAUUACUCACAAACAAUGUUUCUUUUAGUUAAACAAGUAAAAGUGUUAGACUAAAACAUUUUUACUAAAAAUGUAUACUUUUAUAUCGAC